UAUUUUAUAUUACUCUAAUAAAUGUGUAAACAAUAUAAUAAAAAUGUUGACGUUAAAGUAAUAAUCAUGCGGUCAUUUUUUAUAUUAUCAAUAAAUUUUUUAGUGACUCACGUUUAAAAAGUAUACAAAUUUAAUUUUAAAUCAAGUUUUAGUGUAAUUUAACUCCAAAUUCAAGUCGAAAUUAGAUAAUUAAAUAUUAUUCGAAUUCUUAUUACACUUGUUGCUCAAGUUUUAUCCAACAAGUAAUUAAACGGUGUUUAGACCAAUUGUUUAACAGUAAAAAUGUCAAAUAUAAACAUAAAUGGACGAAAUGUCAUUUUUUUAAGUGAUGAAGAAAAUGAUACUGCGGAUGAUUUAUUUUUUGUAAAAAUAGAACCAAUAGACAAUAAAGAAAUGAAAAAAAUUCUUCAAACCAAAAAUACAAAAAUUAAAUAUUCAGAUUCAAAUAAUGAUAAUUUAUUUUCAAAAAAAAUAAUUUGUCACGAUAAUUUAAAUUCACUUCAAUCUUUCAAAGUUAAAACUGAGGAUCCGUUGAGCGAACAAAAUAAUUUAUCCAACGAGAAUGUUGAAACCAAUAAGACUAAUGAUGUACAAAAACAAUUUUCCAUAAGGGUAAGAAGUGAAUUCAGUGAAAAGAACAUGAUUGAAAAUUGUUUAUUGAAUAAGGAAGUCAAAGAAGUGUCCGAUAAACCACAUAAAGAAAUCUUAACCACAACUGGAUCCAAGAUAAAUGUCCAAAAAAAAAAUUCACCCAUUACUUUACUGAGAAAAAUUGCAAUACCCAGAAAGAAGCUUAAAUUUUUAACAAAACCUAUAAAAAUUGGAAAUAAAAAUUUUAAUAAUACUCCAAUAAAAAUUGAAAGCGAUGAUUUAAGAAAAGAGCCACCAAUACCAAAAUCAACAGAGGAUGACGAGAAUUGUAGAACAUGUAAUUUAAUUGAAAAAGAGCAAGAUUCUUGCCGUUCAUUUUAUUGCGCGUAUUGUGGAUUCACUACUUCAGAUAAAAACACUUUAAAAACUCAUAUGUAUCGCCAUGAUGGAAAGCCCUACAAAUGUGUUCACUGUAAUUAUACGACAGCCAGACCAAUGCAUAUAAAGGAACACGUAAAGAAACAUACGGGAGAAUCAUUAAAGUGUUCUCAGUGUUCAUUUAAAACUAUAUAUCAAAGAAGUCUUGACUUUCAUAUGUUAAAGCACACUGGAUCUCCAGAAUAUAUUUGUGAAAUUUGUAAACUUGGUUUCUUUCGUCCACAGUAUCUGAAACGCCAUAUGCGCCGUCAUACUAAAGAGAACAGUCUCGAGUGUGAUUAUUGUAAAAAAGAGUUCUUCCGCAAGACUCAUCUUAUAAAUCAUAUUAAUCGGCACACCGGUAAUAAGCCUUAUAAAUGUGAUAUUUGUCAGCUUGGAUUUGUUCAAAUGUAUCACUUAAAACGGCACCAACUUACUCACUUUAAAGAAAAAAAAUAUUCUUGCAAUCUUUGUCCGGAAAAAUUUGAUCGCUUGUAUAGUUUAAAACGACACAAAACAAGUCACACUGGUGACAAAUUAUAUGAAUGUAAUGUAUGCAAAUUAAAAUUUAUUCGACCAGAACACUUGAAACGACAUCAAGCUGAUCAUAGAAACGUUUCUAAAAAAGCGAGUAACAAACGCACUUACAAAUGUAAAUUUUGUCUCUUUACUGCAUUAUCUGCGUUUGAUUUCAAUGAACAUCUUAACAAGCACAUAGAUUCUAAUUUGGUAAUUUGUAAUGAAUGUGGGAUUUCAUUUGAAGAAAAGAAAAAAUUAAUAAUGCAUUUUCAACACAAACAUAGAAAUUUAUUAUAAAUUAAUAGGUAAAGGUUUCAAUAAAAAUGCCUAGUAACAAUA